CCCUCCGGUCCCGGGCCGCGUUACGGGGGACGCUGGCACUGUUGCCAGGGAAAGCCCCGGACGUGACGGCUUUGCGCGACCCCGAGCAGCCCUCGCCGCUCCCACCCGUCCUUCCCCGGCGCGCUGUCCUCUCACACCCCCUUGCCUUCCUCGCGGGUUCCAGGCUAUCGAGAAGUAAACAGCGGGAGGACCGAGGCCUACGGAAGCGGGCCAGGCGGGAGCAUGCUGGGGCUCUGGGGGCAGCGGCUGCCCUGCGCCUGGGUCCUGCUCCUGUUGCCGUUCCUGCCGCUGCUGCUGCCCGCGGCCCCCGCGCCGCACCGCGCUGCCUACAAGCCGGUCAUUGUGGUGCACGGGCUCUUUGACAGCUCGUACAGCUUCCGCCACCUGCUGGAAUACAUCAACGAGACACACCCUGGGACUGUGGUGACAGUGCUAGAUCUCUUCGAUGGGAGAGAGAGCUUGCGGCCCCUGUGGGAACAGGUGCAAGGGUUCCGAGAGGCUGUGGUCCCCAUCAUGGCAAAGGCCCCUGAAGGGGUGCAUCUCAUCUGCUACUCUCAGGGGGGCCUCGUGUGCCGGGCCCUGCUCUCUGUCAUGGACGAUCACAAUGUGGAUUCUUUCAUCUCCCUUUCCUCACCACAAAUGGGACAGUAUGGAGACACAGACUAUCUGAAGUGGCUCUUCCCCACCUCCAUGCGGUCCAACCUCUACCGGAUCUGCUAUAGCCCCUGGGGCCAGGAAUUCUCCAUCUGCAACUAUUGGCACGACCCUCACCAUGAUGACUUAUACCUCAAUGCCAGCAGUUUCCUGGCCCUGAUCAAUGGAGAGAGAGACCAUCCCAAUGCCACUGCAUGGCGGAAGAACUUCCUUCGUGUGGGCCGCCUGGUGCUCAUUGGAGGCCCUGAUGAUGGUGUUAUUACUCCCUGGCAAUCCAGCUUUUUUGGAUUCUAUGAUGCAAAUGAGACGGUCUUGGAGAUGGAAGAACAACUGGUUUAUUUGCGUGACUCUUUUGGGUUGAAGACUCUCUUGGCACGGGGGGCCAUAGUGAGGUGUCCGAUGGCCGGGAUCUCCCAUACAACCUGGCACUCCAACCGCACCCUCUACGAUACCUGCAUCGAACCCUGGCUCUCCUGAGGGUGUUCUCGGGUCCCUAGGGCCGCCCCAGCGCAGAGCCCCAGCGGUGGUCUUGGAAAGCAGUCAAGCUCCGGCAUGCUUGUGGCCACCUCACAGCUCCCACACUGCCCCUGCCAACCAGGGCUC